CUGUCCCUCUCCGAGACUCCGACUCCGAUCGAGCAAGGGGACUGUUCAAGAACUUCAACAAGAAGUCAAACCGGUCCUCCAUAGGCACGGCAUUUCUUUGUCAGGCUGAAGCGCCAAGGCCCGAGGCUGGAGGUUCCGGAGACUUCAGAGUGGUGGGUGGUGCGCAGCGAGGAGCAUCAUGGCCUCCGCCCUUCUUUCGCAGCCGCAUGUUGCUGACGUGGGGACUGCCGCAGGGGAUGCUUUCGCGGCGCCGCCCACCCUCGAGGAGGCGCCCCUCGAGGAGCUGCAGGAAUUGGAGAGCCUGUGCAUGAGGUGUGGAGACAACGGCACCACGCGGCUGCUGCUGACGCGCAUCCCGCACUUCCGUGAGAUCGUGCUCAUGGCCUUUGAGUGUCCCCACUGCCAUGAACGCAACAGUGAGGUGCAGUUUGCGGGGCGCCUGGAGCCGCGCGGCGUGACCCUCACCCUGCGUGUCCCUGAGAAUGACCGCGAGGCGCUCAACCGGCAGGUGGUCAAGGCUGACCACGCGACCGUGCGCAUCCCAGAGCUCGAGUUUGAAAUCCCGGAGCAGGCGCAGCGCGGCACCCUCACCACGGUGGAGGGCCUGCUGACCCGCGCUGCAGAGGACCUGCGCGCGCUGCAGGCGGAGCGGCGCGAUGCAGACCCCACCAUGGCGGCGGCGCUGGACACGUUCCUGGGCCAGCUGGACGCGGCAGCGGAGGGGCGGCGCGCCUUCACGGUGGUGCUGGACGACCCCACCGGCAACAGCUUCAUCGAGAACCCGCACGCACCGCGGCCCGACCCGCAGUUGACGCAGCACUACUACACCCGCAGUGUGGAGCAGAACGUGCAGAUUGGGGCCAUGGCCGAGGAGGCGCUGCCGGACAGGGGGCCAGCGCCGGGGAGCGGGCCGGAGGCUGACGGUACGGCAGGGGAGCGCACGGGCGGGGGGGGGGCUGCAGCGGGUGCCUACGUGCCGGCAGGGACGCGGUAUGUGCCGGGGAUGGCGCCGCAUGGCGCAGUGGGGGCCACCCGGAUGCAGGCCGCCAUUGCAGAGGGCAGCUCCGAGGCAGUGGCGCAGGCGCUCUUCAAGUACGCGGCGCCAGAGGAGGUGAUGGUGUUCCCCGCGACAUGCGGUGCGUGCGGCGCAGCCUGCGAGACGCGCAUGUACGUGACCACCAUCCCGUACUUCAAGGAGGUCAUCGUCAUGGCCUCCACCUGCGACACGUGCGGCUACAAGAACUCGGAGCUCAAGCCGGGGGGGGCCAUCCCCGCGCGCGGCCGCCGCUCCACCCUCCAGGUGACGUGCGCGGCGGACCUGAGCCGCGACGUGAUCAAGAGCGACAGUGCGGCGGUGGCCGUGCCGGAGGCGGAGCUGGAGCUGGCGCCGGGGACGCUGGGGGGCAAGGUGACCACGGUGGAGGGCCUGCUGACCGCCAUCAGCGAGAAGCUGGCCUCCCUGCACAGCUUCAGCCUCGGGGACAGCGCGCAGCAGGUCCAGCGCAGCGCGUGGCAGACAUUUGAGGCGCGGCUGCGCGGGCUGCUGGCGCUGGAGCGGCCGUGGACGCUGAUCCUGGAGGACCCGCUGGCCAACUCGUUCAUCGCGCCCGCCACCGACGACCCCGCCAACGACCCCCAGCUGGUGCACGAGGAGUUCGAGCGCAGCGCGGAGCAGGACGAGGAGCUGGGCCUGACCCAAAUGGACACGCGCGCCGCAGACGUCGCGUACGCUGCCCAAGACCAGCAGGCCGCCGCCACGGAUGGAACCGCGGAAGCACGCACUCAGAGACACGUCUCGAACGAGCCGAGCCGACCAGAAGGGUGACGACGGCCGGUAUCUGUCACCCUCAUGCCGGGGUGAGUGAGCACGACAGACCUCCGGCCCUCCGCAGGACAGUUUAGCAACACUUCUUCACCUGGUCCUCGGAGAGUGCAUAUCGACGGAAUGUCUGCAAACCCUGUCUGGGGCAUGGCCCACUGCAAGAGCUAGCCUGUUGGACAAUCGAUUGUAGUCGAGGCUUCCGCUGUUAAGCAGACACAGGUCAUUCACUGCCUUUGGGAGGUUCAGGCGGUCCAUCGAUGAGGUCAACCCAUGCAUUCCUUAGCCGCCAGCUAUGAGGAGCUUGUAUCGAAUUGGUGACUCGAUGAAUCGAUACUAUUGUGCAGCUGAUUCAGCCUGCAUCGUGCUUUUGCUGAAUUAAACUAACAGAAUUCUAUGCAUCUUGCAAGUCACACUUGCACUAGGUUUUCAAUGGACAUGAAAAGUGAAAAAUGAAAUAUGACAUCUGCUUCUUAAAGAGCAUGCAUGGUUCA